AUGGAAAGAAGAAGGUUUGAUGCCGUAAUAUAUGACUGUGACAACGUUAUACGGUCGGUCUUCUGCGUGACUUAUGGUAAGGUUGAUGUAUCAGAGGAUGCUAAGAUUGAUUCAAGAACUACAGAAGUAACGGAAGGGAAGUGGUGUUCAUGCACUGCGCAACUUCAGGAUAACAGGUUUGUUGUGACUAAACUUCGAUUGAACAGUCGACCAUUGUUGAAAAUCGAAAGGGUAGAGUCCUCUCUUACUUUAAAAGGUUAUGGAAUUGUGUGUGGUGUUCACGAGAAUUAUUGUUGGAUAUGGAGUGACAAGAUUGGGCUGCUGUACACUUGUUGUGAAAGCAAAGCAUUGCAAGCUAAAGCAAGAAAUCUACAUCCACUCUCUGUCGUUUCGUUUUCAUGUAGGAAAAGUGGCAAACCUAAGGACAGCUUAAGCUUUUUCGAGGUUAGCGAUUUCGAUGCCGAAAAUACUUCUACGUUUGAAUCAGAAAUCCUUUUUCUGGUUAGAAAUGCUCGAUUGAAAAGUUCGGAAAUUAUUGAGAUUCCAGGGUCUGCUCCAACUGUGUCGUAUAACUCCGUUAUUUGUGGAAAAAAUUGUUGGCUUAGUGAUCAGGAUUUGUCUGUAAUUUUUUACGAGAAACUGGGAGGAGGACGGGAGGAUGAACGGAUAGCUAUUUUGGCUACAGACGAUAAGGACGUUCUUAAUAUUUUGGAUAGUGGACGCUUCAAGUUCCGAUCUCUUUCAGAAAAAACAAAGCCGUCAUUCUCCGUUAUGGACUCCACGCCAGGAGCAUUUCAGGAUAAUUUUGACACUGGAUAUUCUAAAUCGAAAAAUGUAGAGGAAGCUCGGUUGAAUCCGAAAAAUUUAAGUGUAUAUGGAACGAAAGGUUUGUUUGAAAGAAAUGAAGAGGACAUUUCCUCUGAUGCAUAUGAAACUGCAGAAGAUUCGGACAGUGUUUUUGAAGAUGCGUCAGACGGUGCUUUGAGAUCUCGUCGGGCCUUCAAGUCAUCUGGUGUCGCUGGCGCUUCAUCGUUUGGAGCUGAGAUAAUAAAUCCGACGUAUUCUGAGCCAGUGAGUGAGUCGCUCUUCGAUGCUGAAUUUCUGGAUGAGCUCGAAAACCUUAGGAUAAGUGAUUCUGAAAACCGUGUUGUAAUCCAGAUUUUUUUACAGUUUAUAGAAAUGUUAGUUUUCAAUAAGGGAAUGGCAAGAGAGGAGGACUCUGCGGCUGUGAAGUUGGAAGUGUCUGAAGAGAACAAAAAGUUGAGUGAAGGAAACUUACUUGCUUUUGAAAUUCAACACCGAAGCAAUGAUUUGUCGGUUUCUACUGCGGGAAUUGCACAAGAUGAAAGUCGGGAAUCUUGCUUGUCAAGUUGCCUUUCAGAUAUUGAGGAGAGAUUUGUUGGAAUACUUCAUGAGAAUAAGUGUAUUUUUUCAGUUAAUUUAAAAUUAGAGGAAUUGACUAUUUACUUAAUCAGACUCUCAAGUAAAUUACUGGAUCGUUUAAAGGAUUCAAACAAUAGAGCGACAGAGAACGUUCCAAACGUUCAAAAUGACGGUCGCACUCGAAGAGCAAGGACCACUAAGAUCAGCUCUGAUUCUAAAAAUGUACCCGGCGGAAUUGGGACAUUGUGUUCGAAAAACGAGCUUUCACUGUUUCGUGAUAUUUGUGAUGAGCAAUCACUGAUGAAGUUGCUGGCGCCAGAAUCAGUAGAACCCAGAAAUGAGCUUCAGGUGAUUUGCGCAAAUAUUGAAUAUUGA